UAUGAAAAAAAAUUAUAUGUAUAAUAUAGCGACACGUGAUCUGUUGAAGAAAAAGAUAAAAUUAAAAAAAAAUUGACAUUAAGUGAACAAAUGGAUGAAAAAGAAAAUAAAAAAUGAUGAAUAAUAAAGAUAACAGAGUCAAUUAUAAUAACGUUGUUGUAAUUAUCUCUUGUAUUUCGUUUACGUGAAUAUUAUUAAUUGGGACGAAAGAGAUAAGGUGAAAAUUCUGUUAAAAUCGAUGGAUUGAUCAACAAAAAGACUCGUAUGUAUACAUAUGUAAUAAUAUGUAUAAUACACGUGUAUGGAAUAUUGUUCUGUCUUACUCGUAGUAAGUCAACAGAUUGCAAUAUUAUUUGCAAAGAAAAAGAAAGAGAACAUGAUAUAUGAUAACGAAAAUAAUUAGAACGAUGAAGAUUCCUAACCAUACAUGCAUUGAAAUCUCUUAUUUCUCAGGAGGCAGGAAGCAAUUGUCGUAUGCUGGCAAAAAGGGAAAAAAUGAAAAUGAAAACCAAAGCAAACUGAUAGGGAAAGAAAAAAAUACUUUUCUUCUUAUGUAAUACAUAUAAUAACUAUAUAAAUUGUAGAUGCAUGUAUGCAAAUUUUGUUGUUUGUAUAGGUAAAAUAAAAAUUAAAAAGUAUGAAAAAACAUGAAAAUUGGAAUAUGUACUUGCGAAAUUCAAAUAACAAGUUUCUUAAUAUACGAUUGGUUACGUGCUUUCGAUGUAUUUCAUUUUUUUUUUUUUUCAUAUACAUCUGUGUAGGUACUUGGCAUAUAACUACAUCGAGUACAUAACUAAUACGCUUCAUCAAUAUCAUUAGAUUAUACAUCAUUGGAUAAUUAGUGAUUGUUAUUUUUUUAGGCUACCAAAGCUCAUCAUCCUUAUCGUAUUACCACCCAUUACGCAUAUCACACGAUCGAAUAACGAUAAAUAACUUGGCGUAUCGAAUGAUAAUAAAGACUAUGAAUUGAUGAAUGAAGAAAAAAUAUUGGAUUUUGUCGACUCCGAAAUCUUAUCGACUUCCAUUAUCCAUAGUUUUCACGAACAGAUUGUUCUGAUUCCUUCUGAUAUGCGAAAUGAUCAUUUUCUGAAUUACGUAUAAUUUUGUCCCAAUCGAAAAGCCUCGCUCUCGUUUCUUUCUCUUCUUUCUUCUAUUCAUUAAUGCGUCGCCUGCCACCAAGCAACCUGCAAUGAGUCAACGCAUCGGAGUUUACCAUUGCUCAGGCAACGUGAGCGUUUCUCUUUCAAAAUUUUUUAUAUCAAUAACGAUCAAUGAGGCAAACUAACUACGCAACGCAGUUCAGCGCCUGAUUCGCAAAUAACUCGAAUACAUAAUCAUUGCUCAUUCUCGUCUAGUAUACAUUACUUAUACUAGUAAAAUGAACGCUUUUAAAUUCGGUUACUCAUUAUUUAUGUCAAUCUGCCUAAUGAUCACUUGUUCGCAAACCUGUUGAAAAAAAUCCUAUUAUUCAGUGGAUUUUAUUCGUCAGCUGGGCGUUCGGUGCCUCCGUUGCCUGCCUCGUGAUGUUAAUCCAACUUCGAUCCGCUGAUGAAGAAAAUGCAAAAAGUAAUGGUGUUGAAUGAAAACUGGCAUAGCAGCUUGCUUGCGAAUCGAUCAAUCCUAAUCUUUCAAUCCCAUUCAAAGGUGUCGCGUUACAAAACGUGAUAAGAUUUAUAGUUGAUUUGCAUGAUAUACGCUGCAGUUUUUAUUAUUUAAUUCAUGUACUUCAUCACACAGAUUGUCACGAUUUUUUUUUGCGUCAUGGUGAACUUCCAGGUCAAAAGAUAACGAGAGCGAGAAUAACGGCUCCUCCUCAUUUUUUGCAACUCAAAUAAAUGGGAGAUUCGAUCCACAAUGUAAUUCAUGGAGGUGCUUGAAAUUCCGAAGUGGUUUUUCUGCCAUUAAGUCUCAACCCCCCAUUGACUGAAAUAAUGUAUACUACUCGGAACAGAAUAAGCGGACUAUUUGAAGGGUGUAAAGUAGGUAAAACCCCCUGAAAUUUUCUUUUAUUAUAUCGCAGUCCUUGUUCCCUAGCUUUAGAUUUUGGAAAUACAACUUUGCAGGUAUAGAAAAUAGUAUAGGGUGGGUACGUCAGGUAUAGAGAAAAUAACCCCGAAAGAUGUAUAGCUAACAAGACUAUAGAAACCAUUGAAAAUCAACACUUGAACAUUAGCUCAUUUGCUCUAUUGUGGGCAAAGACUUGCGUUUUGACUUGACCAAAAUUUCUUUUUUUUUCCUCAAUUAUUCGUUCAAUGAAGAUCGCUUGUUCAUAGAAGAUCGUCUAAUUGGCAGGUCGAUCGGCUUCCGCUUCCUCGGAUGCUUUGACGCGAACUGUUACCUCCGCUUCUUUCAGGGGUUCGUUGAACGGCCAUUUGCAAUUUAACCUGGGUGAUGCUAGAUACAUUCGAUUUACUGGAAUUUCUAUUGGUUUAGGGAAACAGUAAAAUGUCUGACCACUUUUUGCCAAAGUACUGAGUCAAUUUUGAGAAUUUCUUAGAAAUUCACCGAGUAAUUGGCCAAAAUUAAGGAUUCUAGUUUUCGAGGUGGCUUCCAUUUCUUUCAGACAUGGACUGCAGUGGCAUGGUGGCAUCAAUUCAAAAAAAUUUAGGUGUUCGUCGUGUUGAUGCGAAUCAUUCGAUACGGCGAUUUGUAGUUGUUUCUAUCCUCUAGUCAACUGUAUACUGGAACAACAACUCUUGACAUGGUCUAGUAGGUAUACCAGUACAUCUUGAGUCUGCGGUCUGAACACCGCGAGACCCGCGUGGAUUUGAUUCGUAUAGGGACAGGGACGUUGGAGGAGGAUGAAGCUUAGCAGUGUUAAGUCUGAACUGAACUCGACUGAACUGCCGUAACUAUAGAGGGAGUGUGCAGAGUGAGUUUCAAAUUCAGAGUUCACCAGACUUCAGUCUGCUCCAGGCUUUACACCGGUGUUGUCGACGUUCGGAUAAACGCUAAGCUCGAUCCUUUGGUCUUGGGAUUUAAAUUUCCUUCUUUCGAAUAUCGAUGACUAAUUUAUCGCACAGCUUAGGACAUUUUCUGUUGUCUUAUUUAUUCACAUUCUCCCUACCUUUAUUUAUCCAUCGUUGCACCAGUUCGAUUUAUUUAUUUGUUAAUUCGUUCUUCAUGCAGGUGUAAUAAAAUGAAUGUCUCAAAAAUGUGCUGAUUUUAUCUUAAAUGAAUCAAAGUGCGGGAAAAAUUUUUACCUAAUAUUGUUUAAAUACCCUGUACGUGGAUAGUGUAGUGUAACAAUGAGAAAGCUAAAUUAAAUUGAAUCGAUAUCAACGAGAAAAAAAAUUAAAGCGAAUAUGGUAAUUGGUAUAGUUUGAUUACUCCGAAAGAUGAAAUAAGAGAUAAUUUUCGAGAUGACGGAUAAUCGAUCUAGUUGAUUAUGGUAUAGUUUUGAAUAUAGUAUUGCCAUAUAGAUUUUAUUUUGACAGAACUCGGGUAACGGAUUUCUAGUAAAUUUAUGUUAUUUUCAUUUUGUGUAUCAUAAGGCGGUUUGAGAAUUUAUUAAAAUCAAUAAUUAACGGCGCGCAACAAGUUUUUACUAUAUCCUGAGUAUUAUAUAGUUUAGUUUAUUCGACCACGUGGGGAUCUCCGCCAUAUUGUUUCGCGUAUAUUCGACAAUUUUCAAAUAGAUACAAUAACUAGAAUUCUUAACGCUAAUUCUCCUGAAUUAUUACGUAUAUAUAUUAUAAUUCUUUCAUAAAUAUCUUUAUCUAGUAACAUAUGAAACUCGUUUUCAAAAAAUCUAAUUAAUAAACAUAGAUCGUUGAUUUAUCGAUCAUUCGAUAUGAUCGGAUAUUAAAUUUAAGGGUCCGAACUAUCCGUGUUAUUAUACAGUAGGUAUAAAUUAGCUUAUAAAUAGUUGAGCGUAAUUACCGGUUGCUGCUUACGAUUAAAAUCAGAUUUUCUGAUCACCUCAUAGCUCUUCCCUCGUAUCGAGUUAAUUAACAAUAUGUUUAGAUAGUUAAGUGAAGAAAAAAGAAAUCAGAAAUCCUUCCCAAACUCCAGGGUUUCAAUCGUCGACACAACGGACGUUUAAAUUAAAAAAAAUCUCACGCGCCCAUUUGAAAAUGAAACAGUUCGGGAAAAUGGUCGAUCCUCCUUCAAAUGAUUUAUAAAUGAUAUUUGAUGAAAAAAAAAACGCCAAACAAUGAAAAAAUAAACGAAUAGAUAAAUAAUCUAAAAGAAAUUUUUCAAAAAAUCGACGACGAAUCAAAAUGACCGGUGUUUGUUUUCAACUCCGCGUCGAGUGCAUAAAUUGAAUAGUGUGGGUGAGAAUAAUAUACAUGUGUAUGUAUAAGUGAAGCGAGAAUUAAAACGAGUAUUUUUGUGAACGAGGUGCAGUGUGAGAAAGAGAGAAUUAUUGAGGAGAGAUUCUAAGAGGGACGGGGACGGGUUGGCCAUGGCCAACCAAAAGUGCUUCGGUGAUCUCCCACGGGCAACGAUCCUCGCCCUCCACGCCGCACUGUUCGUGGUCGUUUUGAUCCUCUUUUCGGAAUUAAGUACCGUUCACGCUGCGAGGAACUCCUUGAAGCACAAUCUCAAAAAUGGUCAUAUGGGUCAGUACGGCAUGAGUAGAAGUUUGAAAAACGGUGGUUUGUUCCCAUCGGUUUUCAACGUAGCUACCAAGGCUGAAAUCUACGUGAACGCGACCUGUGGCGAGGAGGGUCCCGAGACGUUCUGCAAACCUUCGGAAUCAACGAGGUGCGCCGUUUGUGAUCCGAACAGUCCGGAUCCGGGGAAGAGACACAACAUUUCUCACGCCCUCGACUCGAACCCCGCAAGAUGGUGGCAAAGUCCUACGCUCGCCAGGGGAGAUCGAUACGAAUACGUCACCGUCACCCUCGACCUAAAACAGGUCUACCAAAUCGCCUACGUUAUCAUAAAGUCGGCGAAUUCGCCGCGACCGGCCGCCUGGAUACUGGAGCGAUCAUUGGAUGGCAACAAUUUUUCACCCUGGCAAUAUUACGCGCCUACGGACGAGGAGUGUUGGACCCGAUACUCCGUACCUCCGGUACGAGGAAAACCGACGUACAUUAGCGACGACGAAGUCGUCUGCACCAGCAUGUACUCUCGAGCUACACCGAUGGAAAAUGGCGAGAUCCAUACUUAUCUGACGAACGGGAGACCAGGUGCUUUGAACCACACGCACGAACUGGAGGAAUUCACUCAGGCAAGAUUUGUGAGAUUUAGAUUUCAAGGUUUGAGAUCUAUGGGGGAAACGAUCGUAGAUAAAAGGAGAGCUUUUUAUUCCAUUAAAGAAAUAAACAUCGGCGGACAUUGUCUUUGCUCCGGACACGCGUCCCACUGUCGUCACAGUGUCCAGCAUGGACAUCAGGAAUGCGAAUGCGAACGUCACACCUGCGGAGAACGGUGCAACAAGUGUUGUCCGAUGUUCAAUCAAGUCCCUUGGCGACCUGGAACGAGUGGAAGAGGCUUUCAUUGCGAAAAAUGUAACUGCCACGGUCACGCAACGGCGUGCCGGUAUGACCCCGAAAUCGCCGUUCGCGGUGCCUCUCUGGACAUACGUGACAAAUACCGAGGCGGUGGUGUGUGCCUAAAUUGCACGGAAAACACUACGGGUAUAAACUGCGAGAGGUGUCAGGUUGGUUUCUUCCGACCGAACGGAGUUUUGCCGAACGCGUCCGAACCGUGUCUUCCGUGUGUUUGCAAUCCCCAUGGAAGCACGGGAUCUUGUAUCCCCGACGAUUCGUCGACUCAUUUGGGAAAGGUAGCAGGUGCGUGCAAAUGCAAACCCGGAUAUUCUGGUUACAAAUGCGAUCAGUGCGCAGCCGGUUACAGACAAUUUCCGGACUGCUUGCCCUGCCCCUGCGAUUCCCGGGGGAUUCUUCCCUCCCACGAUUGCGAGGGGGACUGUCUAUGCAAGGCCAACGUAGGCGGUGAACUUUGCGACGAAUGUAAACCCGGAUAUUUCGCGCUCACCAGAGAAAAUCAGGACGGUUGUAUCCCUUGCGUUUGCUCCGGAAUCACCAAGGAAUGUCACGGCGCCAGACUGACCUUCGGAAUGUUAUCGACUUGCGAAGGUUGGUUGGUAAGCGACAUGAACGCAUCUAGGGCAGUCGUACCGGAAGUCGACGCCGAAACCGGGUCGUUAUCCAUAGAAUUAUCGAGUCUCGAAUACGAAAGUCCUUAUUGGCUUGCCCCAAAAGUUUACGGAGGUAACAGGCUUACUUCCUACGAUAGUAAUUUAACUUUUUUCGUCGUCUGGGACGUCAUGCGAGGCGAUAGCAGCGGAAGACCCACCACCGAUCCCGACGUCAUCAUAGUUGGGAGCGGCAUGCGAAUCGCUUACGGUGAAGAGCGAUACUCCGGUCCAGAUGCCGUAAUAUCUGUACCACUCAGCGAGAGAGGCUGGUACCAUUUGACGGACUACGUAAAAGAUAUUCCCACGAGAUUCAGGCGAACAGAACUCCGCGGCGAUCCUGUUACCAGAUUUCAAAUGCUUCGCAUUCUUGCCGAUGUAAAAUAUCUCAUGAUCCGGGCUCAGUAUCACUCGGAACAAAUCGAAGGGAAAUUUUUGGAAGCUACUCUUCCGGCCGGCGAAUUGAGCGAUUUGAACGACGACCAAUCGGAAACUUUGGUGGAGCGUUGUAACUGUCCUCCGGGUUACGCUGGUCUGUCGUGUGAAAAAUGCGCAUGGGGCUACGUCCGAAUGACCACGAAUGUCACGGAUCAUCGACAUAUUUAUCGCGAUAAAAGUUCCGUAUGCGUUAAAUGCGACUGUAACAUGCAUUCUGCCUCCUGUGAUCUAGUUAUGGGCGAAUGCCAGGUAUGCGAGCACAACACCAUAGGUCCGAAAUGCGACCGUUGCAUAUUGGGUCACUACGGUGACCCAUCUCAAGGUACUCCGUACGAUUGCAAGAGAUGUGCUUGUCCUUUGAGUAUAGAAUCGAACAAUUUUAGUCCAAGUUGCCAGUUGGAGGAUCCCAACAAAUGGGACGGUGGCUACGUCUGUACUCAAUGUCCGAAGGGUUACAUCGGCGAUCAUUGCGAAAGUUGCGACGUUGGUUUUUUCGGUGACCCUAAAACACCGGGUAAAACCUGCGAACCUUGUUCCUGUAACGGAGGUUCUUGCGAUCAAGAGUCCGGAAGGUGUCUGGAAUGUCGCGGUAACACCGAAGGCUGGAAAUGCGACCGUUGCAAAGAAUUUCACUUCGGGAAUCCUCUCGAACUCGACUGCACGCCCUGUGACUGUGAUCCGAUCGGGAGUUCGUCGUCGUUGUGCGACUCCGAGAGCGGUCAGUGCGACUGCAAACCGAUGUUCGGAGGCAGGAGAUGUGCGAGUUGCGUAAAAGGAUUUGGAAAUGUGACCGCCGGUUGUUUGAAAUGCAAUUGCGGCGAGGGUGCAGCCAACUUCGAUUGCGACGUCGUUACCGGAACAUGCGAAUGCCUGCCGGGUGUCACUGGAAGUAAUUGCGACCGAUGCGACGAUCAUCACUACGGACUAUCCAACCAAGGAUGCCUCGGGUGUCGUUGUAACGCCAUCGGCUCAACAUCUCAGACCUGCGAUAUCGUUACCGGUCAAUGUCAAUGUAAAUCUCGAGUGACCGGAAGAGAGUGCGAUCGAUGUCAGAACGGAUUUUGGGGUAUGGCAAGCGGGGCUGGUUGUACAUCCUGUGAAUGCGAUAGAAUGGGCGCUGUGAAUUCUUCCUGCGAUGAAAUCACUGGAAAUUGUUUCUGCCAUCCGGGAAUCGGGGGUUCGAAAUGCGAUUCAUGUUUACAGGGAUACUUUGGAUUCUCCGACAAGGGAUGCCAGCCCUGUGAACCUUGUCACAAACCUGGUCACGUUUGCGACCCUGACACCGGACGAUGCGUAUGUCCAAUAUUAACACUUGGGGAAAAUUGCGAUCGAUGUAGAUCCGGAGCCUACGGAUUCGUUCCUGGAAUCGGGUGUAAGUCUUGCGCUUGUACUCCAGGUGCAACCAGAGCUCAGUGUGAUGCCGACGGCCAAUGCUCCUGCAGAGAUGGUUUCGUAGGUUUGAGGUGCGACAGAUGCGCCAUAGGAUAUUAUGGAUAUCCUAGAUGUAGACCUUGCGGAUGUCACACUUCCGGCACGAUUUUAUGCGCCGAUAAAGUAUGCCCGUGCAACGAAACCGGACAAUGUCCUUGCAAGGAAAACGUUAUUGGAAGACAAUGCAAUGAAUGCAAAGCGGGCACUUUCGGCCUUACUUUUGACAAUCCAAAGGGAUGCACGGAAUGUUUUUGUUUCGGUCGAUCAACCUCGUGUCAUGAAGCAGGUUUGAGUUGGGGACAGAGAAGACUUCCUCGCCCAAGGACUUUGUACAUAAACGAUACGGUCAACGAUAUAACGAUAACUAAUUUCGGUGUAUCGAAUACCUACCCGUCAAUAAACGGAGGUUUGAAUAUCACGAAUGGUCAUUCGAUCAUACCCGGAGUGGAAGGAGACGUGACCUUGCCAUCGAUACUCUAUUAUAAUUAUCCUCUUUACUGGAUGCUGCCGAAAUCAUUUUUGGGAGACAAAGUUGUAUCUUACGGUGGUUUCAUUCAAUUCAAAAUCGAAACGGAAUCUGGAGAACCGCUGCCUUCGAACGUCAGAUAUCCGGUAGUGCUCAUACAAGGCAAUGAUAAAAUCGUUUUGGAACAUUAUCCACAUUCACCAGUUGAAAAUAAUCAUUACAAGAUCAGACUUCAUGAAUCUCUCUGGCAGUUACAGUACAAACCGAACAUCGAAGUAUCAAGGGAGACUUUGAUGAUCGCUCUGCAAAAUUUACAACACAUUUUGAUCAAAGCUUCCGAUCAUUCGCUUUUUACAAAAGUAGUACUAUUGGAUGCAACACUUGAUGCUGCGGUUUUGACACCCACCCGUUCACCACCGUUCGCAAGUGACGUCGAAAUUUGUGAAUGUCCACCAGAGUACAAUGGCACUUCUUGUCAAGAUCCCAGCAUAGGAUAUUAUCGUUGGUACAACAACAAAAAAGCCAUUUCAACUAUCGUCAUUGAUCUCAUCGGUCAGGCUCGACCUUGCCAGUGUAACGGAAGAUCGGAGAUCUGUGAAAUCGAAACCGGAUAUUGUCUGAAUUGCACCGAAAACACCAACGGGGAACGAUGUGAGUUAUGCACAGACAGUUUUUACGGUCAUCCCGACAUCGGAGGUUGCAAAUCCUGCCCUUGUCCUCAUGCGGACAAACGGUUUUCGAGUACCUGUGAAAUUCAUUCCGAUACCGACGUUGUCUGUCAUUGUAAACCAGGAUAUACUGGCAACAAAUGCGAAAAAUGUUCGUACGGUUAUUUCGGAGCACCUGCAGUUCCCGGUGGAAGUUGCGUGCCUUGCAAUUGCAAUGAAGCUGGUAGUUCAGGUGACGAAUGUGAUGAAGUAACUGGACAAUGUAACUGCAGACCUGGAUCAACUGGAAGAGAUUGUUCUCAGUGUACUAGACCACGACAUGUGUUCAUCGAUCACGUUUGUACAUCUUGUAACGACAAUUGCACCGGGAUAUUGUUGGAUUAUUUGGACGAUAUGUCGGAGAAAUUGAUCGAGGAAACGGUCCAUAUAUCAAAUGGAUAUAUUCCACCCCCAUGGGAGGACCUGUCGUAUGUGAAUGAUAACGUCACGCGAUUAUCCGAAGAACUUAAGCUCGAGAAACAGUUGAUGCACAGAAUAAAAAAUUUACCAUGGCGAGAAUAUAAAAAAUUCAAGAAACAAACUCAUGGGCUGCUUGAAAGGGCAUUGAAAUCUUUGAAUCAAGCCGGCAUUCAAAAAUCGAAAAGUGACGAUAUCAGAAACAACGUUUACACUGCGCAGCUAGAGAUCGGAAAUAUCGAGAAACAGUUGAAAGGUAUAACUAUCGAGUUGUCCGGAUACGGUGACGCGGACAGGAAGAUUGAAGUUGAGAAUGCUUUGAGACAGGCUAUCGAGCUUCUCGAAAAAAUCAAACUCGUCAAUUUAUCUGGACGAACGAAAGAAAUCGAAUCAAUCGUUAAUAAUGCGACUGACUACAUCAAUUGGCUGAGCUCCAUUGACAACGGGGAGAACAACGUUGCCGAAAUGAAAAAAUACACGAAUCGUUACAACGAAAAGGUCACAGACGCGAAAUUGAUAAUAGAAAAUUUGAUGGAAACUUUGUUCACCUACGAUGGACUGUACGGAGAAAAUGAAAUUGGAUUCAACGAAGCUAAAAAUCAAUAUCUUCAUAUAAACGCCAUGCAUAGAGAAACCGCACAGUCUAUCGACGAAAGUAAAACACUCGUUGACGAAGGAAAAGGAUUUUUGAUCGAUAGUCAAAACAAUUUUCAGGAUCUGCCGGACUUGAAAUCCAAAUUAGUAAAUUAUACGGAUUUGUUAACAAACAAAGAAGGAAUUUUAUACAGAUUGAACUAUGAGUACGAAGACUUGUACGUUUUACCCGCGAAACGACACGCUCAAAAUUUGUCGGACUAUGCAGAUCAUUGCGUGAGUUUAUUCGCCCAGACGCGAAACGAGGCGGUGAAUCCAUUGAAGGCUAGCCAAGCGUAUAAAAAUAUAGCCGAUGCUUUAAACGCGGCGAAAAUGAGUGGGCUGGAGGCAAAAGUUAUCGCCGAUGAAACUAAUGGAAAAGUUUUUUCCGGAGGAGUCAAACUAGAUUCUUUACUGGGCUUGACCGAGGUGAUGGUGGAAAAAUCAUCGGAUUUAUGGAACCAGGCCAAGAAAUCAGAGAAACCAGCGAUAUCAUUGAGAAACCAGUUGGAAGCUCAGAAGCAGGGAAUCGCCGAUCUCAAAGACACUUUGAACAGUACCGGGAUUAAGGAUAAUAAAAUAAACGUUAAGUUGCGAGAGUUGAAGAGCAGUAGUAUCGAAUCUCAAGAUCGGCUUCGUUCGCUACUAGAAGAUAAUGAUUUUAUGAUGAGAUCUUUUGAAAAAUCCAUCAAAGAUAUCGACGAGUACAACGAACUCAUUACAAAUCAACUUAGGCCCAAGUUACACGAGUUGAAACGUGAGGGGGAUUCAAAAAUCAGUCUUGCCAGCGAAAAACUUACCGAAGCGCAGAGUAAUAUCAAGAGAGCGGAUGCCAAGCUGAUAAGUCUGACGAAUGCUUCGGUGAAGCGAAAAAAUGAAUUUGAUAAAUGGAACGAUACCUUGGCCGCGAAACUUCGAUAUUUAAAAGACAAAAUUGCGGAAGCCAGGAAUACGGCGGAUGGGAUACGGAUUUCUUUGAAAAGUGUGGAUACCAAGAAAUGUGUGCGGUCGUACAGACCGUCUACUUUGCAGCCUGGAACUACCACCACGAUCGUAAUCACGAUAGCAAUUGAAAACAAGCACAAGCAAGGAUCGUUAUUCUAUUUACCGAGUAGUGUUAGCGACGAUUUCGUUGCGUUGGAAAUGGUUAACAGGAGAAUAAGAUUUGUUUGGAAUGUCGGAGGCGGUACGGGUGUAGUAAUACAUCCGGAAGUUAUUGAACCCGGCGAUAUUCAAUCUGACAAUUAUUGGUACAGAAUUGAGGCUGAAAGAAUAAGGAAUGUUGGUAAGCUGAGUGUGAGAAAACAAACAUCGACGUCGGGUAGAUAUCUUCCUGUACUCAAUGCAACAAAUCCGGAAUACGGACGUUUUUAUGUAACAUCCAGUGACAGAGUAUGGCUCGGUGGUAUUCCUGAAUCACAAACACGUCCGUCGGAACUCAUUGCUUCCAACGGUCUACCGGGUUGCAUUCACCAAGUUAUUUUAGAUGGAAAACCGAUUGGCUUGUGGAAUUUUAUUACCACCGCUCCAGACAUGGCCUGUGAAGCCUGCGUUGAAGGAGUUGAAGACGCUCGUGACGAUAUAGCGUAUAGUUUCAAUGGCGAAGGUUACGCAAUGAGGAACAGAGUUCCUUCCGGCCCCUACAGCAAAUACACCUUUGGAGUUUCUAUUACUUUCAGAACGUUCGAUGAAAAUGCAUUAUUGUUCCUAGCUAUCAAUCCAAAAAAUAGCCAACACAUAAUGAUUUACCUCCGUGAUGGAAGGGUGGUGCUGCAUAUCGGAUACGGUGGUAAUAACAGUAUGGACAUGUUGUCAACGCACAAAUACAAUACAGGGAAUUGGACGAAAAUUGAUGCCUUCCGACAGUAUCACCUUCGAAAUGGCAUCGAACAGUGUAGCUUGAGCGUAGGAGGUAAUACCGAUAAAAAAAUUGUCGCUCCAACACCUCAGCCGAAAAAAGAAGAUAUCCCGGAUUUACUGCAAGCUAAAUACUACAUCGGAGGAGUUCCGCCAAGUUUUAAAACUGAAGCGAAUAUUAUGCUUCCGAAUCCAGUGUCGUUUCUUGGAUGCAUGUCCGAUAUAUUUAUUCAAGAAGGAUACGAUCCCAUGGCGGAACAAUAUUAUGGCGUAGAGCCAAGCUGCGGUAAUAAGCAUAUUAAAAUUGUUGGCUUUUACGGAAAUGGGUAUCUGGAACACCACGCACACACGUUGAAAAAGAAAUUAUCGUCGUUCAGCUUCUCGUUUAGAAGUCUGCAAGAAACGGCUAUUCUGUUGUUGUCGACAUUCCAUAGACCGGAUCAAGAACGUCAAACAGACAUCAUUGAUCCAGAAAAUAGCGAUAGCUACUAUUCAGUGGCCAUUAUCAACGGACAAAUUCAGGUCCGUAUGAAUGCCGGAAAAGGAGAAGUCGUCUUACAGUCCAACGAUACCUUUAAUGAUGGAAAAUAUCAUUCAGUCUGUGUAACGAAAAAUAGAAAGGACGUUGAACUCAGAGUGGAUGAUGCUUAUCAGAGCAGCGCUCGUUUGCCAACAGGCGCAGCAGUUAGAGCACCAGAAUUGGGCGGAGGACUUUAUUUCGGAGGAUUACCUGGUGCCAUCAACGAUACAAGUUUAGUGACCACGAACAUCCCAUUGAUCGGAGCGAUAAAGGACAUCAUCUUCGAUGAGGAAGUUCUACGCCUUGACGAACCUGUUUCGUUCGAACGAGCGGCGAUCGGGAGAGCAGGUCCCAGUAUGGGAAAAGAUCAAUUGACACACACACCUUCUGCUUCGUUAUCACGUGGCAUGUCAACGCAGCCAGAAGGAUGCCAAAAGGUUCCGUACUACUCAUUGGAACCAGGAGCUUUAAAAUUUGGAGACAAGCCGCACAGUCACACGCAGCUCUAUUUGAAUUUUAAAAAAUUUUGGGAAAAGAAAUACGCGAUAGAGUUUGAUUUUCGUACCUACUAUCCGAACGGAUUGCUGUUCAUCACUCCGGGCAUAAGAUUCAAGCAUUAUUUAAUGAUGGUGGUAAGAAAUGGGCAGCUUCUCCUGCUCAUAAAAACUCGACAGAAAAAAGAGAUACUGUUUAAAAGCACAUUCAACGACGGUAACUGGCAUCACGUGGUAGUCAGACACGAUGAGAGAAGAUUAACACUGUCUGUGGAUGGUCAAACACCUGAAACGGUGAAGAUUCAGAAAAAAAUCGGUCUAGUUCCUAUGAUGUAUAUCGGGGGGUUACCAGAGAGUGGUACUCCUAUACCAGAACAAGUGGUAGUUAAAUUAGAGACUCUGAAAGGUUGCAUCAGGGGCUUGAUGGUAAAUGGGAAAAUUCAAGACAUGGUCGGAUCUACCAGUACAGCCUACAAUGUAGGACAAUGUUUUCCAAGUGUGGAAAGCGGCGCAUAUUUCCAAGACGACGCCUACGCAAUUUACAAGAAAAAUUUCGAACUGGGUGCGGUACUCGAACUUCAACUCGAAUUCAGAACAUCGGAAUACUCAGGUGUAUUGCUCUCCAUAACGGCGGCUGGUGGAUCUCCGUCGCUUUCUUUAGAAUUGUUUAACGGCAAAGUGAUAAUGUCGGGCGAUCUUGGGGAUAAUAAUUCACUGUAUGUCGAGCAACGUUUCCCCAGUCAGUAUACUGUUUGCGAUAACAGGUGGCACAGAAUACAAGCACUUUAUAACGACGAACAGCUUGCGCUUAAGGUCGAUGAAUUGGACCAAAAAUAUGGUCUUCCCAACAAUGGGAAUUACCAUUUUAUGAGAGAAGGAGUCGUAUCGAGUCCCCUGUAUAUCGGAGGUUUACCAGAAUCUGCAUCUAAGGGUACGCUGACGACUCGAGAGAAUUUCAACGGAUGUAUACGAAAUGUGAUGAUCGGUGGUGAAAGAAGGGAUUGGACGGACAUGACGGAGCUUCACAACAUCCAUUUGAGCUCUUGUCCGAUUCAGCAAUGAGUGGGGUAUGAAAAAAAAACUUAAAAACUGACGAUCGCGAAUGUGAUUUAAUAGAAAUGAAUGAAAAAGACAAAAAAAAAACAAAAAAACAAAAAAGAAUAAACAGUUCCAAAGACAGCCUAGUGCCGCAAGUAGAUUGAUAAUAAAUUAAACACUCUCGCGACUAUAGUGUCGUAUUAAUUGUAUACAUUCAUAUCGCGUGAGAGUGCGCAUAACGUGCCAUAGAAAAUGAUGGAGAAUAAUAAUCUUGUAAUUCAUCUAUGUGUUAAGUUAGGUAAUAUCUUAAUCGACGUAUCAAUUGAACAUAAAAGAAUUGCCAAAUUUGAAGUGUUUGUAUAAAGUAUAAAUUCUACACGCUAUGAUAAUUAACAAAUGAAAAUAAUAAAUAUAGUAGGUAUAUACUGCAUCACAUCAUACUACCGAUAAAAUUGUACAAGUUCACUGCCAUUUAGAUUAUUUAUUACUGCAAAUUAGCAAAAACGGACAAAACAGAUGAUAAAAAAAAUAUAUUGUACAUCAGUAUUUAAUGAUAAUAUUUAUUUUUAAACAUAAAUAAAUGUGCGUUUAUAGAAUUUAAGUAAUUCAUAUUAAGUUGUAAAUGAUGCUAGAAUGUAGGAAUCUCAAUCACUGGAAACAUCAGUUGGAUAAUAUUUUUUAUUCAUGUAAAUGUCACAGUUACACGUGAAAGAUUUACAAUUUUUUCCAUAAAGUGCCACCAGAUUUGUAGUAUUCGAUUUACGCCCACUUCCAUUUGGACGAUCUGUUACCUAAUUUCUUCAAAAUUUUCAAAAUUGGUUUCUCGAACCAAAGAUUUAAAGGAGACCACGUAGAUUUUUCGUCAGCAGGAACAGUUUU